AUGUUCAGUGGUUACUAUCCACAAAGGUUCGGCCGGGAGCAACAGCCUUCAGAAUGGCAACAUCAGCACUUUCGAGGUUGGUUUUUUUUUUCAUCUAUUGUGCUUUUUUUUCAUUCCAGUCUGUUACAUUUUUAUUGUUGCUUUUUUUCUGAAUUCGAUUUUCGCCCUGGAUUUUAUGAUUCAUCUGAGAAGUGGGGGCUUUGAAAUAAAGGAUCAUCACCUCACUAUUAUCUACAGUAACCUUUAAUUGCCUAUUUGAAAAUCUGGCAAUAAACGAAGUACAAUUUCUCUGCAUUUUUCUUUUUUUGACAGAAGUUUUCGAAAUCUCAAGAUUCUUUCGUAACCUGGUGACACUAUUUAUUUUAUAAAAUUGUAAAUUUUUAAGAAAUUCUCAAACUUCUUUGUUAAGUUCUGCUUUGAGUAAUAGCCUCUUCGAAAAUAAUUUGGAGCACCCGGAACAAUCCUUCAGCUUUACGAAUCGAUUUCACAUUCCAUGCAAGUGAAAACUUUUUUUUUCGAAAAUUUGAAAAAUUCCUUGCCUAUAUAAUACCAGAACAGAAACAAAUUUUUUCUCGGAACUUACUGCAAAAUUUCUAAGACAUUGAGUAAAAAUCGUUCUGAACAAAAAAUUUCCUCAAUCUCGACUGUAUGAACCUUUUUCCUCACUUUACUGUUUCUAAAAUUUUUAUACGUUCGUGUAGAAAAAAAAACCUUCUUCAGACCCCAGCAUGGCGUCCUAUCCCCAUCCAGAAUUUUACAUCGAAACUCACACGACAAUAAAUGCUCGAUGGUUCCCGCCUCAAGAUUCCUUCUCAGCAUACAGGUAAAUAUCGGUUUUUUCGUUGGGUUCGAAUGCGUGAAGGCGGUCUCCUUGGGUCAAACACUAUUUGAAGGACGCCUGGGUGAAAAAUGUUUGUGUAUUUUUCAGGCAGCCGGUUGCUUCCUCACAUGCUUUCGGAGUUCCGAAUACACUCUAUAAACCAAACUCCGAAUCACUACUCCAAUGCCGAUGGAUUGAGGUCGUUAAAAAAUGAACAAAAAUCAACCUUUUGUGAAGUUUCAGAAUGGAAAGGAGUGCGGCCAAGUAUUCUCCGGCUGCGCAGAAAUCUCAGCCCAUCUCAAUAAUCAUCACAUUGGUAAUACUGAAUCAACAAAUCACGUGUGUCUUUGGUAUGAAUGUGCUCGCGAAGGAAAAGCCUUCAAGGUACGUUUUUCCGGUCUCUGAAAAUCAAAAAAAAAAUUGACUUUCAGGCGAAGUAUAAGUUAGUAAAUCACAUCCGAGUGCACACUGGCGAACGACCUUUUGAAUGUGCCAAGUGCAGGAAACAAUUUGCAAGAUCCGAAAACUUGAAAAUCCACAUGAGGACGCAUACAGGUGAGGGAUUCAUAAUUUAUAAGAAUAACUGAAAAAUAAUUUGGUAGCGUGAUUUUUCGAAACAAAAAGAUAAUUUUUUUGAAAAAAAGGGGAGCUCAGCUCAAUGAAAAAAAUUAUUCAUAGCAACCUAUUUUAAUUAAAAAGAAAGAAAAAAAUUCAUUUUCCGAAUGGCGGGAACCAUUUUGGAAAGGAAAAAAAUGGUUUUUACUCUCUUGGUUUUUUUAAGAAUUGAUUCUGUGGGAUUUAUAAUACUUUUUAUUGACAUUUCUUUUGGAUUCAAUUGUUUAAAAAAGGUCGAAGAAACGUAUAAAAGCUUUGAGGAUGUUUUGAAACACAAAAGUCAUUCGCAGCAAUCUAAAAAUGUUUCUGAGCGUUCAGAAAUCCAAAAAAUAGUCAUUCCUAGCUGGAUUCUCGGUUUUUUCAUAGUUUAUCUUAUUCCAAUUAUUGUUUGAACCUUUCCUUUCUUUAAGUUGUUUCAAGCCGUCCAUAGUCAUUUCCAAAAAGACCUCAAACUCCCGCUUUUCCAAGGCCCCCUGCUCAUUUGUCUCCCAGCCUCAAUCAAACGCCAGAUUUAGGCGUGUCUGGCAUGCCAAUGCACAAGGUACAUGACUGAAUGAAAUCCAUAUACGGUGAUAUUGGGAUUAGGGAGACUGUGAGUAUCCAAUUGUAUCGGUGUCAAGAGCGCCAGGUGACUUUGUAGGGGUGAGAGAGGCGACUUGAGAACGGUACGCAAUCCUCUUUUCUGCCAGACGCCUUAUUCUAUUGCGUAAUGUGAUCGUUUUUCGCCUUUUCCGUCCGCUUGACCUUAAAUUUUUUGUUGGUUUUUCGAAAAUUUGGAGGUUCGAGGUAAUUUUAAGGCGUUGGUUUUAUUUAAAAGGCUAAAACUGUCUAGAAAGCAAUUUUUGAGAGUUUUGUGGAAUCCGACUAGGCAGAGAUGGAUCCUUAGCCAUGUUGUUGAAAAUGUGAUUUUUUUGGAAUGAAAAAUGUUUCAUUAAACUCAUAUAGUCCUUCAAAAUUGAUAAAUCAUCCAUUUUAGAUCGUGGCCAAAAAUCUCUACAUCAAAUUUUGGCAAUUUUCUAUUAGUAGAUUGUCAAUGAACCACUCAAUUCAUGGAAUUAAAAAUGCAAUCAUUUUUGUGAUAAGGCUAAAAAAAAUCAACUUUCCAAAAAUUGCAGCCGUCGGCCUUGAUUCCGAAAUUUCUUUUUGUAUUUUCAGAAAGCUCUUUUUCAAAUUCUUCUCAGCUAAGAAUUCUAACAUCCUUUCUCAGUUUGUUUCCUAACUGACAAGCCAACAAUUCUGCUCGAACGAAAGUUGCGCAACACCUCCUACUAACCCAAUCAAGGCAGUUAACCUCAAAUCGGCGAUUAUCAUAAAUCCUUUUGGAAACGUGGCAGUUCACCUCUUUUGUGAGGCGACUUCUUGAGCCCAUCUUGUGUGGAUUUACGACAACACCGAGGUAUUGUGAAGCAAAUCUCGCCUCGCGCACCACAACCGCAACAAUCCUUCCCUAUAUUCGGCUACCGUAAGCCGGAUCGCGUGCGAAGACCAUUCUUCUCGAAACGCAAACAGAUCGGAUAGAUUGAGCGCUUCUGGUUGGCGACAUUAUCAGUGAUAAAUAGAUUGAUGAUUGAAAAUGUAGGAGCUGAAUUUGAUGAGAAAUAAGCCUUGGAAAGUAUUUUAACUUAUUUCGUUGAAGUCACAUGAAGAAAGGUUUUCCCAUUUUUUGAUUUUUGAAAAUGCUUUGAGAUUCUUCCAGGGAGACAAUAACAACAGUUCGAAUGAAAAAAAUCGGAAAGUUCUACUCGAAAAAAAGUUUUGGAGUUCACAGUUCAAUCGGUUUUCCUAAAACUCCCAACUUUUGUUGAGUGAAUAACUGAUCUUGCUGUUUCACUGGAUUUCUUUAUAACGGUCCUACAUUUUCAACUGACUCUAGGUCUUUUUUCGGAUACUUUGUUCAUUUACUUCCACCAGAACCUUUUAACAUUCUCUACCCAUUUUUUUCAAAAAUAAUAAAUAGUUGUUUUGUUUCAAACUUAAAAAGUAGACUAUGGCCACCAAUACAUUUCGGGAAUCAAAAUUGAGGUUUUGCGCCACAUUUACCGCUCUGGAAAAAGAAUUUGUGCGCAGCUGGCUUCGCAACAAACCCAUCAUUCUCACCAUUACUUUUUUGCCAUCACUCUCGCCGACAAAAAGAGCGACGACAAAUAAGUGUGAAUUUGACAGUUAACCGGGCCAAAUGUCGUUCAACUGGUGAACGUGAGGCAACAAGUUGCCCAAAGAGCCGACAGGAUGUGUUUUGGGUCUAAUAUGCAUGUUUUGGCAGUAGAUUAGCGGCGGCGGCGGCCUUUUUGCUCGGCCAACGACGCUACCUCCGGGACACUUAUGGUCAGCCCCUUACGGAGUUGUUGCGCAAGCUGGCUUGCGCAUCCUUGUUUUCGGUUGCCUUUUCCAACUGAGCAAAUGAGAAUUCCGAUAGAGAUCUGUCUUGACGUCAUAAAAGUCAGCUUUAAAAAAAAAAAGCUUUUUUUCAUCAUAGUUGUCUUGUAUGGAGUUCACUCGUUCUAGAACUCUCUGGAGUUGCAAUUUUUAUUUAUAUUCCUCCGGAUUUCAGCCUGCAGAAAAAAAAGCAGCUUCAGAGAGUUUUUGAAGACCAUAAAAUGAAGCUGUGAUUAAAAAAAACUCCCUUCGUUUUUUUUUUCUGACUGUGAACCGAGCCAUAUUUCUUUCAGAUCUCUGAAGUUUCAAAAAAAAUAGAUCCUAUCAGAAAAAGUCUCAAGAAAUGCAUAGUCAAAUAUGAAUAUAGCCAUUUUCUGCAUUUUCUUCAUUUCUCUGUUUCAACUCAAUUCAAAAAAUCUAGUCUCCGGAAGAACCGAUGAAAUAUCGGAAGAGCCAUGUGAUAUCCGCAAUGACAACCCAAAUUCAAAACGUCGACCGUUCAUCGCAAUUUAACAUUUGCAAACAUCUGCACUUGUUUGAUGGAGAACUGGGAUUUGCAUCGACGGAAAAAUCUCAUCUGCUUGGUCUAACCUCGUUUUUCAAGCCAUUCCCUUUUUGAAACGUGUGCCGACCGUCGCGAUUUUGGCCAUAAAUGAGCUGGUGAUAAAUGUGGGGGUUGGUUUGCAACGAGGGCGGCCGACGACCGGAUCUUACUAACUAAAUGCACUAGCAGGUGUGUAAGAAAUCAUGGAUUUUUAUGAGGAAUUGUACCGUAAUGCUUUUUCAAGCUCUUGACGAGCAGAUGCUCGAUCCAGUGCUUACUUGUGUCUACUUGGCUUUUCCCAGAGGCAUGCACCCAACUGCGGCCAGGUGCCCGAGCUUGCCACAGGCGCGUUUUUAAGUAUAGACUUGGAAUGGACUUGCUUCUUUGGUUAAUAUAGCUUUAUUAGGUGGAAAGUAAUUGAAACAAGCAGAUAAGUGAGGUCAGCUUGGUUUCAAGGCGUUUUAGUCCUUAUUAAAAUCGGCCACGUGCUUGUAUUUGCCACAGGCUCGCCUUUGAGAGAAGAAAUAAUUGCUUUUUUGGACUUUUUUAACUUAAUGAUGCUUGAAUAUGACGGAAAUCGCUACAAGUGUUUCUUCAGGUGGGAUUGCGAACUAUAAAAUCAAGAGUAUUGAGAUAAAACAAGAGAAAGAGUAAACCAGAAGUUUUAGAACUCACCUUUUUCUAUAAAAAAAUUUUUUUGACUGAAUUUUUUUCAAAAAAAUUCAGAAAGAUAAGAAAGGAAUUCCUAAAACAUUAUGAAGGAACAUUUCCAGGUGAAAAACCCUUCAACUGUCCUCACGCCGGCUGCGACAAAGUUUUCGCCAAUUCUUCUGAUCGGAAAAAGCACAUGCACGUCCAUUCUUCCGACAAACCUUACCGUUGCAGAGUGAGUCAUUAUUUCGAAAAGUUCUUCUUGUAAAACAGAAAAAUAUGAAAAAACCGUUUCAAAAAAGUUUCAAGCCACCAAUUUCCUAUUAGAGGGUCGCUGAAUAUUUUUAAUGCUGAAAUUCCAUAUUUUUCCUUUUUUUUCAGUACCGAAACUGCGGCAAACACUACACGCAUCCGAGUUCUCUGAGAAAACACAUAAAGGUAAGUGGAGAAUCCCAAGCGGACCAACUUUUUCUUUAUCUGCUUGCUUGGGCCAGACAACCUGCCAUAUGAUUUUGGGGAUUAGGCUCACCAAAUCGCUAUGUUCAUCUCGAUUGUCGAUCUUCGGAUGAUGAUAUUAACUAAUUGGGAUGCGACGGUUGACUUCCCGAUUUGUAUGGGCAUAGUCAGCGGGGAUUUUAGGGAUUUUUAUUCGAAAACUUGGAACUUGAUCACAGGAGUAUGAAGACCUUGAGGAAACCAACAGUGGUUUGAGACGAAUUUCAGACACUUUCGAUUAAUUUUUGAGUGAUUUUGUAAGUUUUUGAAGAAUUCUACGGCACUUUUAUUGAAACGCAGCCAAAAAAUCUCCAUUAGCUCUUUUUGGAUUUUCCAGAUUCCAAGUUUCUAACUAAACAGCUGACCUUUUUUCAGUAGUACCAACAAAUUUUGACUUUUUUCUCACAGAAGAAGUAUUUUUUCCCUUUUAAGGAAAUCUUAGGCAUUUUAACAGCUGAAACUCAGAGUUUCUUGAUUUGAUAUUGUUUCCACCACCUCCCGUUUUUUUUAUUCCAUUCCAUUUUUUCCCAGAGAAUUAGCAACAUUUCAUGCCGUUUCUUGUUUUUCAUUUAUUGGUUACGGUAGCGACCAAAGAAGGUGGGUAAGCGUGCGAGACACCUCAACUGGUUUUUUGUUCCUCUUCUUCAGCUCGAUGUUUCGUUUCGGACCGCAUAAUGUCGGUGAAUUUGCAUUGAAAACAUUAGAAGGCAAAAGGAGACCUGUAGCCUCCCCCGUAAAAUGGGUUUGGAGAUUUGUUCGUCGCCAAGAUUUUGAACAUAUUAGGACGGCACGCAAAGCCGAUUUGCGUCCUUAUUGAAUGAUCUUUGGCGCAAAACUGGAUGUUAUUGUUUUUACUGUUUCAUUGGAGAUGUAUAAACUGGAAAAGGAUCUAGAAAAUGGCUUAAUUUUUUUUUUACCCAAAAUAUGAAUAGGUAUCUUUUUCUCAAGAAAUAUUGUGAUCUGAAAACUUGGCUUGCAGCAAAUUACUAAGGUUAAUAGGCUCAAUUCAGAAAAGUCCUUUUCCAAGGUAAUUUCGGGAAAGGCGUUUUAGGUCGGGUUAGCUUUGAACUAACCGCUACGCAGCCGUUGCUCGUUAAGCCACUCCACCUGCGGACUAGGCUUUUGAGAUGAAGCGCGAGAAACCAGAUCUUCUGGAGAUGCUCUUUGACCUCUAUGAGAUUGGACCGUUCAAUCAUGGGGUUCUGAAAAUUAGCCUAAUUAACUGAGCUUCGUUGUUUUUUUAUUUUCGAUUAGGGUCAGCUAAUUUUUUUUUCCAAAUUCUCAGUCUACAAGCCCUCAUCAAGCCUAACUAACUGACUUUCAGUCUUUCAAAACUAACAAUUCAUGUUUAAGGCCCACGAGAAGAACUGUACGACACCCGACUUAGAUGAAAGCUGUGACUCUGGAAACGCUUCCGUUGGAACUCCAGAGAACAAUUUUGCGAUUAAAACCGAGAAUGAGGUUUGAAAUUUGUAAAACAAACCUUGAAGACGCCCUCUUCCUUCAGAUGACUUCAACGCAUCUCUCUUCGACCCAAUUCAUGCCAAUGUGCUCAACGUCGCCUCAGAAUCCUGAAAUACCUGUCUAUACGUCUGCUCAUUACGGUUUGCCUGCCUCAAUGUUCUGCUCACCUGAAUUCAUACCUGCCUUUCACUAA